UGUAUAAAACACGCAGACAGAGAGAGGGUUGUGAUUCGUAACGAAAAACCCUAAUUAGAGCCACCCUACCCUAAAACCCUAAACUUUGUAUAUUGUAUAAGCAUAAAUGGAUCUGCAAGACAAAAGCAACUCUAUCAGUACCAGCGAUAACGACAUGAACGACAACAGCUUCCGCCACCGUCGACCCACGAAGACCAGGUUCGAUUACGAGGACGAAGACGAAACUCUCGACGAAACAGUAACGGAGAGCUCCAACCUCGACGACGAUAUCAUGUGCGAUCCUGACGACUCCAUCAUCGGCGCUGAGAGAACCAGCGCCGACUAUUACUUCGAUUCGUACUCUCACUUCGGUAUUCAUGAAGAAAUGUUGAAGGAUGUAGUGAGAACUAAGACUUACCAAAAUGUGAUCUAUAAGAAUUCCUUUCUAUUCAAGGACAAAAUAGUCCUUGAUGUGGGUGCUGGGACUGGAAUUUUGUCACUCUUUUGUGCGAAAGCUGGUGCAAAGCAUGUUUAUGCGGUUGAGUGCUCCCACAUGGCAGACAUGGCACAAGAAAUUGUUAAACUAAACGGGUUUUCAAAUGUUAUAACAGUUUUAAAGGGAAAAAUUGAAGAAAUUGAGCUUCCAGUUCCUCAAGUGGAUAUCAUUAUUUCAGAAUGGAUGGGAUAUUUUUUACUGUUUGAGAACAUGUUAAAUACGGUCCUAUAUGCUCGUGAUAAGUGGCUUGUUAACAAUGGAGUUGUACUCCCAGACAAAGCAUCUCUCUAUUUGACAGCUAUUGAGGAUGCUGAGUACAAAGAAGACAAGAUUGAAUUUUGGAACAAUGUAUAUGGCUUCGAUAUGAGCUGCAUCAGGAAACAAUCCAUGAUGGAACCUCUUGUUGACACUGUUGACCAGAAUCAGAUUGUUACAAAUUGCCAGUUACUCAAGACAAUGGACAUCUCAAAGAUGGCUCCUGGGGACGCUUCAUUCACGGCUCCUUUUAAGCUUGUGGCAGAACGUGAUGAUUACAUCCAUGCUCUUGUAGCAUAUUUUGACGUGUCAUUCACCAAGUGUCAUAAAUUGGCAGGCUUCUCUACAGGGCCGAGAUCACGGGCUACACACUGGAAGCAAACAGUUCUGUACCUGGAAGAUAUGCUCACCAUCUGCUCUGGGGAGGCUAUAAUUGGGAGCAUGACUGUGGCGCAGAACAAGAAGAAUCCUCGUGACGUUGACAUAAUGCUUAAAUACUCUUUGAAUGGUCGGCGAUGCCAGGUCUCAAGAACUCAAUGUUACAGGAUGCGAUAGUUUGGUUGUGCUAUUCGUCCAUCACUGGAACAUUUUGGCUAUAACACAGUGUUUGAAUUUGCCCUAUGGCAUCGGAAAUUUGUUGCCCAGCCACAAACGGAAAAAGGUGCUGGCAUUUGACAAGUGCAGCAUUUCUAUUCUAUUCUAUUGGUUUUAUUUGUUAAAUGUAGCUGGAAGUUUUUCAAUGUAACGUUAUUGUAAUUUUAAUUUAUUUUUCUUUAAAUAUACUGAGUUAUGUCAAUGUAAUGCGUUAACUGUUUCAUAAUUCAAUUCAUCAGUUGCCUUUGGUGUGUUGAUUA